CAUUCUUUGCAAUGUAAAACUUCUUCAAGUGACCACUCUAAACCUGUGGCUGUUGUUGCUGUGAAUGAACACAUUUAUGUUGAUGCCUUUUCAAAGAUAAGAAUUGUUAAUCCUCUGAUUUCAACAUCACUGAUGAAAACACGGAUGGAGGGAAGAAAAAUGAUUAGUGUUUCCAAAAUACAUCUAAAAUUAAAAACUCCAGACCUUCAAGGGGACUGGGUAACAAUAGCUGCUGUUGUUGGUAAAACCGAUUCCAAGUCUUCUAGUUCUGGUAAGCCAUACUCUAUAUGGAAACUCAAUGACCUGGAAGAUCUAGAUAAUUCAGUAAGCUUUUUUCUUUUUGGAGAAGUUCAUAAACAUUUAUGGAAGACAGAUUUAGGCACUGUUGUUGGUGUCCUCAAUCCAUCAAUAAUGGAUUCCAUGGAAAAAAGUAAUAGUGAACCUGCAUUCACUAUAAAAAAUGUCAAUCAGCUCAUGAUAAUGGGUAAAUCUAAAGACUUGGCCUGGUGUGUCGCUAGAACCAAGGCAGGUAACAAAUGUGUCAAGUUUAUAAAUAAAAAGCAUGGAGACUUCUGUGCCUAUCAUGUUGCUGCUGAAUAUAGAAAAACCUCAGCUCAGAGGUUGGAACUUCACGGAAGUAUUGCUGGUGUAAGACCAAAAUCGUUUGAGAGCAAAGUUUUCUCGAAAGACUGUGCUUACAUUUACGGUGGCAAAGUGUACUCUCAUCAAAAGAGUUCUUCAGCUAAGAAAAAGGGGGUCACUCUUACUAAACUUCAAAAUACCCUUAGCCAAGGCAAGCACCAAAAGAUAAACACACUCAGCAUCAAUAACAUCAAACCAGAACCCCUGACACCUAAACAAACUGGGAGAAUAAAGGAAGAUCCGGACGAUACUUUCUUGGACCUUAUUUCUGUGCCCAGCCCUGGCUCUAUGAACCUUGUUGCAUUCUUAAAGAAUAAAGACAGCAAACGCCUGGUUGCAAGUAACUCAGAUUUGAAGAAAGGGGCCAGUGUUGUGGAGGUAACUGCAAAAGACCUUAUUAAGCAGCAUCAGCAGUUAAUGAAACAAAAAAGACCAGAGAAGCGAAAAGCUUCUGACAUUUUGAUGGAUAGUUCACCAGUAACAUCAAUGGCUGGAUCCUCAGGAAAAUCCCCACCAGGCUCACUAAUCACAGAUCCUCUUAAACAGGUGCCAACUUUGGGUAAAGGAUUUUACCACGGCCAGGAGAUCACACUUGAUGUUAUCCCUAGAACUGUGAGUCUUGCUGACAGAAUCAAGGUAAGAAAUUUCAAAUUCAAUUUUUGGUUGUUGCAUGUUAUUGCUUGUGCUUAAAAAAAGGUGUUUAUCAUAAACCCCAAGCCAUACAUGGGUAUGAAGUAAGUUAAAAAUGCUUGUGUGUAAGGAAAAUCAUUUGGGAGGAGAUGGGGUAGUGGAUAAUCAACAGCCUAAUUUAAUAACUAGGAAAUAGAACAAGAUAUGUUUAAGCUUGAAAUUGUAAACAGGAUGAUCAAAUGGAUGUUUUGGUUUGAUGCAUUCGUCAGCAGACAAAACAAACAACAAAGAAUGAGAAAUUCUAAGACUAAGCUUAGCCGUCAUAUGUUAUAAAUGGAAGAUGUAUAAAACUAAAAACUAAAUGUAUGUGCUACCAAAGAGAUUAUGUACAAGAAGUUUAAGAAUUUAGGUAUUGUAAUGUGAAAAGCUGAAUUCUUUUAUUCGAAGUAGAAAUUUUUUUUAGAAAUAUAGCGGAAUUUAGGACUAAAAAUAUUUACUUUACACAACCUGUCACAGUCCUUCAUAUAUAUCUUUAUAUUAAAUGAUUUUUGAAAAAAUGUAUUGGAUUAUUGUCCUUGCAGUUGAAAGCAGUGGCUGCCAUUAAACAGAAAGGAGGACUCAAGAAAGAAGAUCCUAAUGCUGUUAGAAAAGAAGAAUGCUCAGAUGUUGAUAAAAUCAGGAAGAGGGCUCAAGAUGAAUAUGGUAAGUAUUUAACUGUUAAAAAGAUUAUUUCCUCAAAAUAAAUAUUGACAUUUAAAUUGAAAGCCCAUUGCUUAAAUCAUAAACAUGAGUUGCAUUUAUUUUGUGUUUAAUUUCUCUAACAGAGAAAAUCUCUUCUGAAGUGCCUUAUGGAGUUUCCAAGUCAGUUAAGGAACCACCAAAGAAAAAAUCAAGGCUACUUGGUGAUGUUGAUUUAAACUCGGAUGAUAUCAAGAGUAUACUAAAGGCUAAGUCAAAACACAAAGGGGCAUUAGCAGAGGUCAGUGAUGGUCAAAGUGACAGUGAUAAGUCUCUCAAUUUCACAAAUCGAACCUAUGGAAUCCAUGGGCCUGUGACAAUGAUCUGCCAUUAUGACAGUUUGUGGGUUACACUCAAUUGGAAUAGGAUUGUUCUUUGCAACCUUAAAGCUCUUUAAAUUUCUUCAAAUUUUCUUCUUUUUUUUUUCUUUGAGAUUUUUUGUGACCUUAAGAGUCUAUAAUUUUUACAAAUGUCUAAUUUUCUUGAAGUUAUAUAUCAUUUUGUAGGGAAAUGCGUGAGGCUUAUAUAUAAGUUAAAGGCUUUCAUAUAAGUUCAAAACUGUAAAGUUGUGAGAAGAAAAAUGGAUACUUUUUUAAUGAAAAUGUGUAAUAAAUUGUUUUGAUGAUCAUAUGCAAAGAAGAAAAAAAAACAACAACUUGGAAUUAUUUAAUAAAAUCUGUUUAUUCUGAAAGAAAAUUAAUUUUUGUAUGUCAUAUGUUUUUGGAACAUUUUAUGAGCAUUUGACCAAAAUAUAAAAGAUUUGAAAAAAUUAGUCAAAAUGGGAAAAUAUCGUAUUUAUUGGCGUAUCACAAGCACCAUUCGCACCGCUAUGUGGUAUGUACUAUGGGUCCUUAACAGGCACACAUCAUUUGACCCCUAUUUUCAGGGAGAAAAAGUGCGUGUUAUACGCCAAUAAAUACGGUAAAUAAUAGUCCACGAAGUAUUCACAAUAAUUACCGGUUAUUAUUUUACCUGUUUAAAAUUAUAUACACAUUACAAAAAAUAUCAGUAGACAAUUUUAAACUUCAUCUUGUUUUUUAAAAAACAAAGGUAACUUCACAUAUGCUACUUUGAUCAUGGAUUAAAAAAAAAUUUUGGCCUCGCUAAAAUAUAGCUAACUGUACAAUUUCUUUUUAAAUCUGUGCAUUCAAGAACUAAUGGAUGUAAUCUAUUGUAUUUUGUGUUAUUUACGUUUGAGGCACUUUGAGCAUUAUUAGUUAUAAUCCAACUUAUACUCAAUUUCCUCAGUGAAAUCAAUUGAGAGUUAAAUAUUAGGUGGCAUUAGUUCAUCCAUGUUAGGAUUUUCGUUUCAACACUCCUGAAGAGAUUAUAGCUGGAAAUAUAAACAAAAUGGAUAAAAACGUUUAUCUAGUACCGUUUUGUUUUCCUUAGGAUGAUAUAUUAAAUUAUCUACUGGUCAACACCAUACAUGAAGGAAUUAUAUGAUUUAACUCUGUAUGGUUGUCUCACCAAUAAUUGCCUAAAUACACCAUCAGUUUUGGUUCCGUUAGCAAAAGAAAAUCCAUUUGCUGUCUUAUAAUUUGAAAUAGUUAUCUUCAUCAGAAGAUUCAGAUAGAUAUUUGUUGAUAUUUUCAUAGUGAUUUUAUUUAAAUAAUUGAAAUGUACAGGAUUUCAUAAUAAUUUUGAUGUAUUGUGGGUUCGAGAAACAUAUUAAAGCAACAGAACAUUUUUGUUUCUCAAACCUGCAAUACAUCAAAAUUAUUAUGAAAUCCUGUACAUUUCAAUUAUUUAAAAAAAUGUUCUUCCAAUUCUACUAUGAAAUAAAUAUAGAAUAAAAGACACAAUUUUAUGAGCGAAAAUAACCUACUAUUAUAAAGUUGCACUCUGAAUAUAAGAGGAAAGAAAAGAGUUGAUCAUUUAUUUUAGUGCAAACACUAAUAAUUAAAACUAUUUUCAAAUUGAUCCCAGGCUGAGGCUGAAAGAGAGGAAGUUUACUUCAAUGAGCUAGAAAAGAAAGAGAAGUUGGAGGAAAAACUACAGAGUGUGACGUCAAUUGAAAUUAAAGUGUAUACUUGUAAGCAGGUAAAUACAAAGAUGUAAACUAUUAUAGUAGUGAAAGUAAAUUACACGAAGGAUUUUAUAGUGUGCUUCUGAUAUUUGUUGAGGAUUUUUAAAUUUGAGUUUUCAAACAAGGGGCCAUAAAUGACACCACAAAAUUUUUUUUAAAGUUUCCUUUCCUCUGCUUAGUUAUAUGCUUAAAUUCAGAGGGUAAUCUCGUCCGAUCUGAGGUUGGCAUUUUUGAAACUGGUGCCGAUCAAGUAAGCGUCGCUUCCGCCUCCAUCUCGCCUCUAUCUCCCCCCCCCCACUCGACCAGCAGGGAUAUGCCAAUGGGACGGCAGCAGGCCCGUGCCGGCCUCCAGAUUUUAAUCAAGUAGCCAGACCUGCUUUAUAUGCUUAAAUUCAGAGGGUAAUCUCGUCCGAUCUGAGGUUGGCAUUUUUGAAACUGGGGCCGAUCAAGUAAGCGUCGCUUCCCCCUCCAUCUCGCCUCUAUCUCCCCCCCCCCCCACUCGACCAGCAGGGAUAUGCCAAUGGGACGGCAGCAGGCCCGUGACGGCCUCCAGAUUUUAAUCAAGUAGCCAGACCUGCCAACCCUUUCGAUUUUCUCGGAAUUAUACGGAUUUUUUACCCCUCAUUCCGACCUUCCGACAAACCCCAUAAAAUUCCGAUUUUCCGAAAAUUACAUUAUAAUUUUUCACCCGUCAUAAAAUCCGAUAGCGAAAAGAAAAAAGAAAAACGGGUCCAACAGGAAGUCGUGCAUGUCGAUAGCACCACUUCCUUUGUUUUGAUCGAAGCGAACCGCGAAUUCCAUUCUUCAUUCAUCAAUUGAUCCGAUCGUGACUCAUCCUUAGUUUUACUAGGCUUACAGUGGUGUUGUGACUUUUUUUUUUUUGCAUUAAGCUUUACUUUUCUUAUUAAAUGGAUAAAUUUGUAAAGAGAACUGCUGAAAAAGCUUUUCCAGUGACCGAGGUUGAUAGUGAUAGGGCUCCUAACAAAAAAAAACCGGCAUAUUUUACGUUUUCGAAAGGAGUAUUCGGAAAAAACACUCAUUUAUUCGGCCAUCACCCCGUGGCGAAACAUUUGCAUUCUGCAAUCUGUACCAGACCCACUUAUCUAUUGAAAGUGGGGGGUGCAGACCUGUUUACUCUUACGAUUUUGGCGUACAAUGUACGAUUUUUAGAUGUCUUUUACGAUUGUACGCCAAGACCUUCAAAAACUACGAUUUUCAGAGACCCGGUGGAAAAAAAUUUUCCCAGAUUUAAAAAAAUUAUAAAAUUUUGGGUUUGGACGUUUUAGCCCUCUAAUGAAGAUCUGGCAGUGAAUAUGAACAAGAAAAACGAUUGGUUGUAUUAUUAUUUUUUUUUUAAAGUUGGGAUCAUCCUUAUUAUAUUUCGAAAGUACUCAUGGCGAGUGGGGAUGUGGGGUUGUUGAUUACGGAAAUUUGGGCAUACGAGACACGCAUGGGUAGGGGAUUGGUGGGAGUGUCAGAAGAUAUAAAUAAAUAGCAGCGACGCAUCGUAUUGAUGGAAUUGAUGGUGAUUGUCGUAUUGCUGCUUUGUGUGUCACAGUCCCAGUGAACUAGCUGGCUGCGUCAACAGUAAUAUUUUGAUUUCUUAGCGACAACUUCACCCGCCAUCGCCUUUAACUGCUACCAAGCGUGUGACGUAGUUUUGUUACAUAAUUAUUUUGUUCCUCAGAACCGCGGCAAUUAUAAAAAUAGAGAUGGUUUUUACAAUAAAAUAGAUCAUCCAACUGUUCUGCAGUGGAGCGUUGGAUUUUGGCAUAUUUUAUAAGAUCCAGUCACCGACAUUUACAAAAUACUUUUAUAACUCGCAAAUCAGCUCUAUGCCUUCAAUGAUUUUAAUACAACAGUUUGGUAUCACUACCAGGGUUUCUUUCAGCUAGAUCUGGGGGGGGGUUCUGAAAAAAUCAUUGAUCACUACUAUUAACACAGCUUGCAGUAGUUAGACUAUAACAGUGGUCGGCAAAGCGCGACUCGCGAGCCGCAUGCGGCUCUUUAGCGAUCAGCUCGGUCAGCCGGCCACAAACGGUUUUGACUCCCAAAAAGAAAUGUGGCUCUCAAACAAAUUUUAAUUGCCCUGCUGGUGUUUUUUUAUUAUUUUUUGAUUAUGAGUUUGCCCCGCACCACUGGACUCGAGCGUGUUGACGGAACAAAUCAGGCGCCUUUUGGGUAGGCGACGGCACAGUUUUUUCCCUGUAAUGAGGGUGGGGGAUGGUUGGAAACAAUAACGUCACAGCACGGAAAGACGUGUUGUCACCAUAUUACUGCUACAGUGGUUUCUUGAUGAAAACACAAAGCAUUAGUAAACGAUGGUUUACUGCGAAACACUGUGGUGAUGUUUUAUAGCCUUAAUAAUAAUAAUUAAUAAUGGGCCUAAUUGGAAUUCAUGGCCUUCACAUAUUUUCAGGUGACAGUUGGCUCCAUAAGAGACUGUCAGGAUAAUCAUUGAAGAAAUCAUGCAUAAAUGUAGGUGCAGUCUGCUCCCCCCCCCCCCAACUUUCCCAUCAAAGCUGCCAUGCGCAUCCUCAGCGUGGACGUAGUAGUUGGAUAACUUUACGUUGACAAGGUGGGGAGGGGGGUUAUGAAUAUUUUUACAUUUCAUAUAUGGAUGUCCCAUUGUCCCAACAUCCCUGGCGUUCGAAGUGGGCUCCAUAGACGGAUGUGCACAUUGCGGUAUUUUAAUGUUACCGGCGAGCUUUUUUGUUUUCGUUACCGUAGUUGAGCAUGCACAAUGCAUUACGAUAUGGCAUCAAUAAAAUGAAAGGCACGUGAAACCGAUGAUGAAGAAGGAACUUCAACUGAACAUCAGAUUCAGCAAAAGAAAUUUUAUUCGCUGAUAUCCUAUCUUGAAUGUCAGACAAAAUUGACUGAGUUGCGUUCUUCAAAUAAGGGUCCAUCAGACGUAAACAGCACAGUCGGACUUUUCAUUAGCAAUCAAUCAGAGAUAAAAGGAGUGGUGUUGAUUUAAGAGAUUGUGUGCAUGGAGCCGGUCUAAGUAUUUCAAUUUAUAUACUCAACACCGCCAAAUUUUCGUAAUGACAGUUCGGAUGUUUGUGUGCGUGGUUGGGGGGGGGGGGGGUGUCCUCGGCAGAAAGUAUGUGCGUUAUUUAAACAAUUCUGCAACAUUCAUCCCGAAACUCUGAAAGUCCAAAAAUAACAUUUCUAUCUCGAAUGGUGUAAAAUACCAGCCAAUGUGUAGUAGGCAUUAGAGUCGUGAUGCUGUCAAGGGGUAUUUUCACAAAUCAACUGGCUUGCUAUACUCAAUAGUGGAAGAAUUACAGUACAGUGUUGAGUCUACCGAAUUUUCAACGCGCGUGACGUGUAUUUCGUUGGGCUACGCCAGUGGUUCUAAAGUAUUUGUUUUUUCCGGCGCCUGUGCAAUAUUAGGUUUUACCAGGCGCCUUGUGUGACAUUCUAACAAGUGCACUUGGACAUAGCGAAUACCAAAAUAAAAUAAAGGGUGGGAUACAAAUAAAUAUAACACAUAUGUAGGUCACUGACCGCCAUCUGUAGCUACAAACAGUAGAUACUCAACUGGGUAACUGGACCGAAAGAUGUCACAUUGGAUUAAAAGUAAAAAUAAAAUUAUGAAAUUUUUUUAAUAUUUCGCAACGCCCCUGUGAGGAAGCCGUUUUAAAAAAUUUUCCCCCCCCCCCCCCCCCAUUUAAAAGGACAAUUUAUUGCGCCCUUAAUCUUUGUGUAAAUGGUUUUUUAUGGUUGAAUUGACUGUUUAAGUUCCUUUCUAUGGACGAUUUUCACGCUGUUGCUCUUCGUUAUAUUCUCAUGGCCCUGCCCAAGGACAGCGAGCACCCAGGGCGAUGUAGUCCGAUGUAGCAUAUAUUAUGUGAACCACUGGGCUGGACGAAUCACCAGUGGUGAAACCCAUGUCACAUUUUGUUUACUGUAACAUAAUAUGUAAUGGACUUUGCUAAUUUUUUAUUAUUGUAAUUAAAGGAAAAGAGGGGGGGUCGUAAAAACUUCUGCGUGCAACGGAAAGGGGGGGGAGGGUUUACAUAAUUAGUCUUUAUUGCGUUAUUGUAGUUUUAUUUAUUUACUAUUGAGAUAUUGUAUUGUACGAUUUUGAGACCAGAUUGUACGAUUUUAUGGGUUUGAGGGUAAACAGGUCUGGGGGUGCAAUGACAUUAAUAAACAUAUCCACACAGCAAUGCAGAUGCUGAAAUAAUUUGCUGAAAUAAUUUUUUCCUUUGUCCAUCAUUGUGAAGAAAAAUUACAAUGCAACUAGGGCAAGCAUGAAAGUUGAUACUCUUUCUAACUUGGUUGUAACUAAAAUCAAUUACAAGUUGUCAAAAGUUGUCCAAAGAGCUGUUGGACAAGUGCAAAAAGGCCACUAGGGAUAUGCUGGAAAACUGAACUCUUAGUUAGCAGCCUGUGUGCAUAUGUAAAUAAAAUGGAUCUUCUGUAUACAUAUGCAUAUAAAAAUUUCCAGUAAAGUUUCUCUCAUGCUCUGUGGACUCUUCAAAGACACUUGAGGUGACUUUACAUUUCUUUAUUUACUAAACAAAAGGCUUGUGCAUUAGUUUACAGAUUUUAAGCCAAUGCGCCCCCAGCCCCGGUUGGCGCGCCCUGGGGGGCAGCGCCUCCCCUUUACCCCCACAUGCACCGCCCCUACAGAUUUUUUUUCUUGGCAGGUUGGCAGGUUUGAGUAGCGAGCCGGGUCCUGGAUGCGGUAGGGAGAAUGGACUUAAUGUGACUUCACAUUGCUUCAACCUCCCCCCCCCCCCCCCAAAAAUUUGACCACCCCUCCCCAUUCUGUACGUGUGACAUCAUUCAUAGAUUUCACCCGAGUCAGCUUCUGGUUGCAUUUAAAAAAAUUGUAAUGAAUUGCCUUUUGAAUUAUUUCCAGUGUUCAUAUACAGCACAGUCGGCUCUAGAAUCAUGUAAACAAGAAAACCAUACAGUUGUCACUAGCAAAUCCAAGAAAAGAUUUUUCAUGUGUAAAAAAUGUAAAAACAGGACCUUUGUAAUUGGAGGGAAAUUUCCAACAGAAUCUUGCAGGUAAGUUGACACCUGAGAACACUGAUGAAAGAAUAAAAUCUAAUGGAGUGAAGGUAACGAAAUGAAGUUAUACAUUUUCCCAUCUGGGUCCAUAUGACUUGCUUUUUUUCCUCUUUCACUGUUACUUUUUGUAAGAUGCUUGCGAUGGCUUCAAGGCUAUAAAUGUAAUGCUGAUUACUGAUUAUUAUUUUCUACUGUAUGUAUUGUUUAUUUUAACUAUUUUCAUUAUAAAAUCUGCAGAAAUUGUGGCACUCUGUCUUAUGAGAAAACAUCCAUGUAUAAGGUAAUUGAUAAAAGCUUUCAUGUAUUUUGGUUUGUUGUUUUUUUACACUGUACAAUUAAUUAUAUAUUAUUUCUAGCCACAGAUGACUUUGCAACAAAAUCUACGUUUAAAAAAUCUUAAAUGUUACUUCUUGUAUUUACUAUUCCGUCUUCCUUUUUUUUUUUUUUUUUGGUGUAAAUUCUACAAAUUCAUUUCUGUUUUAAAAAUAUCUUUUAUUAAAUAUUUUGCAAUGGGUUUAGCUGUAUUCAACGUUACUUAUUAUAUAAAUUAUCAACAGGUGCGGUCUGGACCAAAGCUUGAUUCUGAGGUUCUUAAUAUUCGUGGAGAUGAAGUCAAGUUCCUCAGUAGUAUGGACCAGAAAGUUUUCUUAAACACUGUCAUUGACUAGGUAUUUUCUUGAAUGCUGAAUAGGAUCUUGUAUUGCUGUGAUAAACAUCAGGUAACUUACUUAUUGAUGCACUUGUUGAUGUCACUGUAUUAAUCUAACUUACACU